CUCUGUUGCUGUUUCGCCGUUGAGCUCAUCGCAGCAGGAGCUUAACGUCCCAACAAGCUGCUGGUGGGCUUCAACAGACCGGUCGCCGAGGUGGGUGGCGGUUAAGACACCCCGGAACUGUGGAGCGGAGGGGCGCUAAAGUUGCUAACUUGCCGCGGGUGUCGGUGCUCGAGCUAGCGAUGUAACGGAGGCUAGCUGAUUAGGUGUAUUGGUCAGUUGAUCAAAGACGAGGACGGCGGUGCGAGGGCUCGUCGGGCUCGCUAACCGCAUGGAGACCGUGACUGACGGAGCAGUGUUGCGACAGUAGUCGCUCGUCGUCUACCUCCGGUCCUCAGUGCCUCGCUGCAUGACCUCAGACAGCAGAUAGACCCACCGAGGGGAAGCAGCCCCUUCCUCGCCCCGGACCUUUUUCCUCUCCAGGCCCGCCGGUGACACUCGGUCGCCACAGCCUUCUCGUCUCAGCUUUCAGUUCAUCUCCAGCAGAAGGAGCAGCGGAAAUUUUCCCCCUCGUAGGAGCUGAACACCUCCACUUGGGCCAGUGGAGGUGUUGAAGAGUUCUCACCCCUCCCUCCCCCCCAUUCAUCCUUUUGAAUCUUUGAGAAUAUAUAUUUUUUUUCUCCUGGUUGGCUUGAGUCCGGUUCUGCCGGCCGUGUGACUUUUCAAAACUGGGGCGCGAUUCAUGGGAUGCAACCAUGUCGGAUCUCAGUGAGCGCAGGCCGGUCAACACGGACUACGCUGUCUCCCUGCUGGAGCAGCUCAAGUUCUUUUACGAACAGAAAUUACUGACUGACGUUGUGCUGCUGGUGGAGGACACAGAGUUCCCAUGUCACAAGAUGGUCCUGGCCACGUGUAGCUCCUAUUUCAGGGCGAUGUUCAUGAGCGGCCUCAGCGAGAGCAAACAGACCCACGUCCACCUGAGGAACGUGGAUCCGGCCACGCUGCAGAUCAUCAUCACCUACGCCUACACGGGCAACCUGGCCAUCAGCGACAGCACGGUGGAGCCGCUCUACGAGACCGCCUGCUUCCUACAGGUGGAAGAUGUCUUGCUGCAGUGCAGAGACUAUCUGGUGAAGAAGAUAAACGCUGAGAACUGCGUCCGGAUGCUGAGCAUCGGCGACCUCUUCAGCUGCAGCGAGCUAAAGCAGAGCGCCAAGCGGAUGGUGGAGCACAAGUUCCCGAUGGUGUACCGACAGGAGGCCUUCCUGCAGCUCUCCCACGAGCUGCUCAUCGACGUCCUGAGCAGCGACAACCUCAACGUGGAAAAGGAGGAGACGGUGCGUGAGGCGGCCAUGCUGUGGUUGGAGUACAACAUGGAGGCGCGGUCGCAGCACCUGUCCUCGGUCCUCAGUCAGAUCCGCAUCGACGCGCUGUCGGAGGUGACGCAGCGAGCCUGGUUUCAGGGUCUGCCGCCCAACGACAAGUCCGUGGUGGUUCAGGGCCUCUACAAGUCGAUGCCGAAGUUCUUCAAGCCUCGGUUAGGCAUGACCAAGGAGGAGAUGCUCAUCUUCAUGGAGGCCAUGUCGGAAACGCAGGGCGAGGUGUACGUGUUGUCCACAUCGGUGCCUACUACGGUGGUGUGUUACAGCCCGCAGGCGGAGAAAGUCUACAAGCUCUGCAACCCCCCAGGAGACCUGCAGAAGGUGGGAACCCUCGUCACCCCAGACAAUGACGUGUUUAUCGCUGGCGGACAGAUUACCCUCAAAAACUCUAUCACCAACCACGGCAAGAGCGGCAAGUUCCAGGCCAUGUUCCGCUCGGUCGACAGCUUCUUCUGGUUUGACGCCCAGCAGAACUCCUGGGUGCCCAAAACCCCGAUGCUGUGUGCCCGAAUCAAGCCCUCGCUGGUCUGCUGCGAAGGCUACAUCUAUGCAAUCGGCGGCGAUAACGUUGGAGGGGAGCUGAACAAGCGGACGGUGGAGCGCUAUGACUGCGAGAAGGAUGAGUGGAGUAUGAUGAGCCCGCUGCCCUUCGCAUGGAACUGGAGCACCUCAGUGGUGGCGCACGACUGCAUCUACGUCAUGACCCACGACCUGAUGUACUGCUACUUCCCGCGAGCCGACACCUGGGUGGAGAUGGCCAUGCGCAAGACCAGCCGCUGCUUCGCGUCGGCUGCCGCCUUUGGUGACCUCAUCUUCUACAUCGGCGGCCUCCACGUGGUCAGCAACUCUGGCAUCCGGCUGCCGACCAGCACCAUCGACGGCUCCUCCGUCACCGUGGAGAUCUACGACGUCAACAAGAACGAGUGGCGCCUGGCCGCUAACAUCCCGGCCAAGCGCUACUCGGACCCGUGUGUCCGGGCCGUGGUGCUGCUCAACUCGCUCUGCAUUUUCAUGCGCGAGACCCACAUGAACGAGCGCGCCAAGUAUGCCAUCUACCAGUACGACGUGGAGCUGGACCGCUGGCACCUGCGGCAGCCGGUGUCCGAGCGCGUCCUCUGGGACCUGGGGAAGGACUUCCGGUGUGCGGUGGGGAAGCUGUACCCGUCCUGCCUGGAGGAAUCCCCCUGGAAACCCCCAACCUACCUCUUCUCCCCUGACGGAGCCGAGGAGUUCGAGGUGGACGGCGAGCUGGUGACCCUCCCUCACGUAUAGCUCUUAACCUCCCCUCCCCUGCCUCACCUCACCGACUGAACUGAUACUGAGGAACAAACACGAAGGGGGAGGGGACACGGGAUCUAUUAGAAAUGAAAGGUUUGACGUUAUCUGUGUCGUGGAGGGAUCUUUGGACUUUGGAGGCUGUUACCGACCGAACGGUGCGGUCGGAAAAACAAGCUCGGAGCAAAAAGAUGCCCCUCAAAAAUACUAGUAAUCUGAAAAUGUCUGUUUUUUUUCCUUCUUAUUUUGUCAAUUGUGACAUCUGUUAGGUAUUAUUACAUCUGUCAUACUGUUUCUACAAUGUGAUAAUCUAAACGUCAACUGAUUUUGUGAUGAUGAUGAGGAUGAUGAUGCACUUAACUGGUAAACCUUCUCGUUAAUGACAAUGGCAACUGUACCAAAAUCCACCAGCCCCCUUCUUUCAGAUUGUGGCUUCCUUCUCUUCCCCCUCUCCUCCUCUUACUUCUUCUCUUCUCUCAUUACUGGUAAAGGAACACUCUGUCGAAAAUCAAAGCUCAGCGCAUUAAUUGCUCACUUUAUGAAGGUUUUAGCUUGCAGAAAUUACACUUCCAUGUCCCAAACAUUCAUCAUUUUGCUGUUAAAUUAAGUUUAAGCUCAUAAUUUUGCGUCAAACUACGAACUCAAAGGUGAAUAAUCAACCUUAAAGUUCAAAUGUUAACGUCAUAUCAUCUAAUUUAUCCACAAAAUAGUCAAACCAGCUUCACUCUGACAAAUUUUCUGGUUAACAAACUAUUCUUACAGUCUCUGAGAAUAAAAACUGCAAAAAUAUUUAGUUUACAAUCAUAGAAAACUAGGAAAAGCUGCACAUUUUCACAGUUGAGAACCAGAACAUUCAUCAUGUUGCUGAUUAAUGGUUAAAUAUGCCACGACUAAAACAAGUUUGAGAAAAACAAACAAUGUAGGUAGACCUUAAGCGAAAGAUUUUGUGUCAAACUGCUAAUUUGUGGAUAAAUAAUCAACCUUUAAGUUCAGUUUUUAACUUGAUAUCAGUUUAAUUUAUCCACCGAAAACCACAAAAUGCAGUUAAGAAGUUGAAUCUUUGUCAAACUGGUUUCAGCGUAACAAAUUUUCUGGUCAGUUGAUUAUUUUUGUAGUCUUUGUAAAGGAAAAAAUGCAAAAUAUUCAGUUUACUAUGAUAUUAACUAAGCCAGAUGAUAAACUGUUAAAUAUGCUGGUUUUUGGCCUCAACUAAACCAAGUUUGAGAAAAUGUUUAUGCAGAUUUUGACAAUUUGCUCAAGCGAAAGAUUUUCUAUCUACAAAACUACCAAAAGCAGCAAAUUUUCACAAUUUUAAGGAUGACACUACAUGAUAAAUUGUUAAAUAUGCUGUUUGAGAAAAUGUUUUUGCAGAUUUUGACCUUAAGCGACUGAUUUUAUGUCAAACUGCUAAUUUGUGGAUCAAUAAUCAACCUUUUCGUUCCAUUUUUAAGAUAAUAUCGAUUAUUCUCACAGUAUCUGAAAAGAAAAACUGUCCAGAACUCCAAAAACAUUUUAUUUGCUUUGAUAUAAACCUGAGAAAAAGCAGCAAAUUGUCACAUUUGAGAAGCUGAAACCAGAGAACGUUUGACCUUUUUCAUUUCAGAAAUUAUAACCCUCAGUUAUUAAAAUCGUGUCACAUAAAAACGCUUCAAAUUCUCUGCUGUCAGCUCUUUAAAAUGUGACAGUUUGCUGCUUUUUUGUUGUGAUAAACUGCAUUUUUUAUCAACUGAAACAAGCAGUUUGACUGUCUCAGUUAGAGCUCUUGUGAUUGGAGUUUAAUUGAGCCAAUCAGGGUUGCCAGGGUGACGAAACCAGCACCAAACUCAGCAUUGAAAUAUCCAGCCAGCAACCAACCAGCAGACCAUUUUCCAACCAGUGACUCUUCUAAAGCAGCUCACUUCUGAUCUGGCAACCCUCAAACUAAUCACGUUCUAAAAAAAAAUGUUGUGUUUCGAAUAUGUGUUUUGGAAAUUUUCCGUUCGAAAACGUUUCCCAAGUUCACAAAUUAGUUUCUAUACUCAUUUGUGGUUUUUGACUUUCUCAAAAAAAGGAAUUAUGGUGCUUCAAGAGAGGCGGAAAAUCCUCUUCAGGUCGUUUUAUUUCCGAAAGAAAGAAAUUUGCUUGAGAUAAAUGUAGAAAUGUGCCUAGAAAUAACCAGAUACUGAAAAUAUUUAGACUUGUUUUGAUGCUGAUUUGUGGCCACAAACUCCCUAAAACGAGUUUUAGAAAAAGUUUUUGCCGAUUUUGACCUUGAACUAAGAGUUUUAGGUCAAAUAAUCAACCUUAAAGUUAAGUUGUUAAUGUGAUAUGAGUCGACAUAUUCAACCUUCAACCAAACAUUCAACCUUUAAAAUGAAUUUUAUUUUUAAAUGACUGCAGUGCAACAAGUAUUCUGGUUAUUGGAGUAUUCCUCUAGGCCCUGGGAAGAAAAAAAACUGUCUAAAGCUGCAAAAAUGGUCAGUUUACAGUGAUACAAAAUGGAGAAAUUUUCAUGUUUGAGAUGCAGAAACCGACUUUAUCAUCUGAAAUCCUGAAAAUCCGGUUGAAAUAUAUAAUGUUUUGUCAAACUGACUGCAGGGUAAUGAGUUUUCCAGUGAAAUUAUUAUUCAAACAUGGGGAAAAAAAUUGUCCAAAACUGCAAAAAUAAUCAAUUUGCAGUGAUAUAAAUGUUCACGUUUGAGAAGCUUGAAAGCAUUUUGAUCUAAAACCGAAAAAAACAUAAGUUUCCCUUGAGAAAAUUGGCAAAAAUACAGUUUUCACAAAGCAUUUUAAAUUUGCUCAACAUUUAUCUGGAAUCACAGCUAGAAAUAAUUGGAUAAGAAAAAUGUUUUCCAUAAAAGUCGACUUUAUCCACCUUAAAAAUGGACAAACUGUCCGAAACUGCAAAAAUAGUGAGUUUACAGUGAAGUAAAACUGAUGAAUUUUCAUGUUUCAGAAGCUGAAAGUGUCUUUAUCCACCGAAAUCCACAAAAUCCAGUAGAAAUAUAGGAUUAUUUUUGUCAAACUGGCUGCAGUGCAACACGUUUUCUGUAAAUUUAUUAUUCAAAACUGUCAAAAUAGUUCACGUUUAUUUCAAAAAUGUUUUCCAUAAAUGUUCAGUUUUUAACGCGGUAUCGGUCGACUUAAUCCACUUUAAAAAAGGAAAAAAUGUCCAAAACUGCAACAACAGUUAGUUUAAAGUGAUAUAGAACAGAGAAAUUUUCAUCUUUAUCUGCUGAAAUCCAUAAAAUGCGGUUUAAAGUUUGAAUAUUUCAGCUUUGCAGAGCUCAAAUGAUGUCUUUGUUUGUUUGUUUUUUUUGCUCAUCUGGAACCCAAAGAUAUCCGAGUCCUCCACUAACGAGCGUUGGAUUUCUAGCGGAGUGUUCCUUUAAAGCGGUUCUCUAAAGGCCCUGCAGAUGGGGGGAACGGGGGUUUUCUGGAGGGUCGACGGGUGGAAUCGGAGGCGGUUUUAAAACGAGGGCGACUGCAGGUCCAGCCGCCGCCGCUCUCCGUCCUCCGUCUUGCCGCCGCCUGUUUCCACGUCUGUUUGCACACAGGUCUUCCACACAGCCAGCAGGUCAACCUCACUCCAGACGCCACAUUUUUCUUUUCCACAAAGACGCAAAAACGCUCACGACGGCUCGCAGUACAAAUUUUCAGGCUCAUGCAUUUUUCUUUUUUUUUUUUUAUUUCCAAGCUGCUGAAAUAUAUAUAUAAUAAAAUAUAUAUUUUUCAUAUGUUUAAAAGUUCUAGUGGGGAAAAUAACCAGGUCUAUUUUGUAUUAGUGUCUUUUUUUAAUUUAAUAUCAGACAUUACUGUAGUGUGAUUGUGGGUAGAAGAUCCAUUUUUCCUAUCGGAUUUAAUUUUCUUUUUCUUCUGAGUGAAUAUUGAGGAAUCUUGCUGCUGAUUGGUUGUGAGAGGAGAGGGGGCGGGGCCAGGGCUGUUGAAAAUCGUCCCGGCAACCACUAGCAGUAGUGGAGGGAGGGCGGGAGGGGAGGGGCUUCCUCCUACCUUUAAAAACAUGAGCACAGGUGCUUCAUGACAAACCUUACUAGCAUGUUUGGCUGCAUCAUAUUCCUUUGGCACUGUAUUUUGAAUGAACGUUAAUUUAUUAAAAAACAUACCAAAAACGUUCCUGAAACCGACUCCAAGUUUGGUUUGUUGAGACUGAAAUGUGACAGACGGGUGUUUGAACAUUUACAUUUUCCUGAUAAAAGUUAGUUGAAAAUGUCAGAAAAAAGCCAAAAAUGUGACAUUUUGUUGCAGAAAUUAACUGUAUUAUUGAAUAUUGUAAUUAAAAUGUGUUAAUAUUGUUUUGAUGAAGCUUGGUUGAAACAGUCAAAAAACCUUUUUUUUUAUAAAAGAAAGUGUAUUUUUUUGCGGAAGUGACCACAUAUUUGGACAAAAAUUGGUUGAAAAUGUCAGAAAAAAAAGGCCAAAAAUGUGACAUUUUGUUGCAGAAAUUUACCAUAUUAUUGAAUAUUUUUACCAAGCACCGUAAAUGGAGAAGAAAAAUAGUUUUGUUUAAUUGAAAAGAAAAAGAAAUACCAUUUUGUUGCAGAAAUUGGCUUUUUUUUUUUAAAUGGAGAAAUAUAUACUCUGGUAGGUUUGCAGACUGGGAAAGAAAAAAACACUUUAAAAUUAGCCACAAAAUUACUCAAACUGACCUGCUGUUUGAUUUGUUGUAAUUAAAAUGUGUCUGUUAAUAUUAUUUUGAUGAAGCUCUGCAGAAAUUACCAUAAAUUUGGACAAAUGUUGGUUAAAACUGUCAGAAAAAAAGUGAGAAAUAUGACCUUUUUUUGCAGAAAUUAAACAUAUGAGUAUUUUUACCAAAAACCAUUGAUGGAGAAAAAACAGCAGAAGAAAAAUGAUUUUGUUUCAUUCAUUUAAAGUAAUUCUGUUGCAGAAAUUAGCCCUAUUAAAAGAAAAAUAUUUUUCCAAAAGACAUAAAUGGAGAAAUAAUCUGAGUUGUUUUGCACAUUGGAAAAAAACAAACUUUUCAACACUUAAAAAUUUGUCACAAAAUUCCUGAAACCGACUUACAUUUUAGUUUGUUGUAAUUAAAAUAUAUAUAUUUUUAAUUAGAAUCCGUUAAUAUUAUUUUGAUUGAGCUCGGUUGAAACGGUCUGGAAUAGCACAUUUUAAAAAAAAUAAUUUUAAAAAACUUUUUUUUGCUGAAAUGAUCAUAUGACAUAGUAUGAUAUUUUGACUAAGGUUGGUUGAAAACGUCAAAGAAAAAGCAAAAAUGUGUUUUUUGCAGCAAUUAGGAGUAUUAUAAAUAUUUUUACCAAAAGAGGAAAAAUGGUUUUGCUUAACAAAAAGUAAUUUUGUUGUAGAAAUUAGCUUCAAAAAAUAAUAGAAAACAACAAAAACUUCAAAAUGAGCCACAAAUUUGGUUUAUUGUUAUAAAAAUACAUCUGUUAUUAUUUUGAUGAAGCUUGAUUGAAACAGUCUAAAAAGCAGUUUUUUAAUAUGAAAAAAUGUAUUUUUUUUGCAGAAAUGACCAUAUAUUUGGACAAAUGUUGGGUGGCAGGAAAAAAGGAGAAAAAUGGUUUUCUUAAAAAAAAAAAAAAAAAAAAAACUCUUUAAAUGCUUAAUAAUUAACCACAAAAUUACUGAAACCAACUGACUGGUUUGUUGGAAUUAAAAUUCACCUGUUAAUAUUAUUAUGACUAAGCUUGGUUGAAACAGUCUGGAAAAGUGGGGUUUUGCUCCACUAGAGAAUUUAAAAAAAAAAAAAUUUUGCUGGAAAAAAUAAUAUCUAACACUAUAUGUAAAUGUGAAAUCACCAUCAAGUCACAAUCAGAUUAGAAAAAAAGAGUGAGAAAUUGACCCGGUUUUGAAGCUGAAAACUAGGGCUGUCAAAAUCAACAGGUUAACAUGAAUUAAUCCACCAUUAUGAUUAAUCUGAUUUAAAAUUUUAACCUAUCUGCAGCAGAAUGACUCAAAAUCCCAGAAACGUCUCUGGCAACCGUCGCGCAUGCGCAAAUAGGCAGUUGAUCCGGCAGAACGAAGCAUCUCGAAAUGGAAGAGGGUAAAUGGUAGGGUCUGACUACUUUAUGGGUUUAUUUAUAGCCCUUUUCAAAAUAACUGUCAUCCGCCGGAGUUUUGCCGAUUAAACGCUGAUAUAUUUAUAAUUUUUCAUAAAACAGUAAAUGCUGUUAAGUGUCGGAGUCGCGCAGAAUGAUGUCUUUCAGCUGUUGGUCCCAAACAUGGAGCUCUGACUCCAUUAAAUCCUCAGUAACGUCCAGGAAUAAACUACAGCCAGGCGACAUUACAGGAGUGGACUGAGCCGACAGAAUCUGUGCAUGUGUCCCGAUCGCUGGGUGUGAAUUUGGCUCGAGUUAAAGCCGCCUGCAAGGUCGUCGAGUUCCUGUGAUGCUGCUGAAUAGUUUUGGGACAACACAUGGUGAAGAUGGGGAGCGGCAGGCCAUACUGGUCCUCCUCCAGACCUGACACCAGCCCCUGGGUGACCCCUCCCUGGGUGACCGCCUGAGGCUGCACCGUGAUGGGCGUCCCCGGUUUGGAGUCGAAGGCGUCCUGGAGCUCUGUUUCGGCCGCCUCUUUGGGAGCAGCUUCUUCCAACACGCUGGGGUCCAGGGUCUCCCAGUCGCUCUCAGAGGACUCUGGAGAGGUUUGCGACAGAGGUUUGAGGAGGUGGUUGUCGCUCUCAGCGCUGUUCCCAGAGGAGAGAGACUCUGCGGCGGGUUGAGCUGCCUCCACCCCUUCCAGCUCCAUCGCGGUGUUGGCGAUAUCGGUGACGGACACGGAGACAAACUCUUCAGCUCCCGAGGCGCUUUCAACCAGACUCAGGUCCUCCGAUACGCUGCUUUUUGGUCUGUAGUGGGACGAGUCCACCAGGCCGUGCUCGAUCAUACCUGCACAAAGGUAAGCGUGGUCAUUUACACUGUCUAUGAAAAGCAUUCACCCCACCUUUACUGUUUUUCUGGGUUGAAUCAUGGUCAACAUAAUUUGACUUUUUAAACCAGAAUUUACAAAAAAAAAAAAAAGAUUCUUUCACAUCAAAGUGAGAUCAUCUGAGUGCAGUGAAUGUGUCCCAGUGAUUGUAAUAUAAAGACUCCUGUAUAUGGAAGGUCCAGUCACUGGUGACUCCUGGAUAUAACUACGCCAUGAAGACUCAAGAGCACUCCAAGAAACUCAAUGAAAAGGUUUUUAAAAAGCAUCAGUCAGGUGAUGGAUACAAGAAAAUUUCCAAGUCACUGAAUAUCUCUUGGAGUCCAGUUAAAUCCAUCAGUAGGAAACAAAGAAAUAUGGCAAAUAAAUCUGGCCACAGCAGGUUGUCCUCAAAAACUGAGGGUCCAAAGAAGAAAUAGAUCAGUGAGGGAGGUCACCAAGACAUCUAUGAUUCCCCUGAAGGAAUUACAAGAAAUAGAUCAGUGAGGGAGGUCACCAAGACACCUACGAAUGCUAUGAAGGAGUUACUAGAAAGAAACCAGUGAGGAAGACCACCAAGACACCUAUAACUCCUGUGAAAGUGUUACAAUCUUCAGCAGCUAAGAUGGAGAGACUGUUCAACUGUUGCCUGUUCUUCGCCAGUCUAAGCUUUGUGAAGACAAAGAGAAGACUAUGUGGAAAAAGCUCAAAUUAAAUCUGGACUAGAGUUCACCAAAAGACAUGAUGGAGACUCUGAAGUCAACUGGAAGAAGGUUCUUUGGCCUGGUGACACCAAAACUGAGCUUUUUUCGUCCAUCAGACAAUCUCGACUCUAUGUUUGGAGAACACCAAACACUGCAAAUUGUCACAAACACACCAUCGCCACUGUGAAGCAUGGUGGUGGCAGCAUUGUGAUGUAGGGAUGCUUCUUCUUCUAUAUUGACCACUACUCAAUGUUGAAAAGCAAUAAAAAGGGCAAACUUCCAAGUAGGAUGAAUACUUUUUAUAUUCACAAAAGGUUGCUUCAAAAACUCAGUAUGUAGCCACAUAAAGGCCUGAUGUAAGGGACAAUAUUAGGGCAAAGUGAUUUCCUUUUGGAGUUACUGACCUGGAAACAAUGAUAAGACUGUCAUCAGAGCUCCUACUAGUCUGUUGACAGGGGACACAUAGAACAGGACCUGCGAACAAAAGCCAGAAAGCAAAAGAUAUGUGGAAUCAUAUUUCCAGUGUAUCGAGCUACAACUACAAAGAUGUGUUUCAAGCUGGAAUCUCACCUUCUUCUCCAGCAGAAUCAGCUUGAAGAGGAUGAGAACCUGCAGAGAUAGAAAAAAACAACACAGAUUUAAGUUGUGCUUCAUCUUUUUGUGUUAAUCUUAUUGUUGCACUUUCAUGUAACGCGCCAAUGUUGUAAUUUAUUGCACAAAACUGUCUCCCACCUUGUGUCUGAAGUGCAGUAUUAGAUCCCUCGGUGACAACCCUGAAGAGAGAGAAUCAGACGGAAGUCAACAAAUGAGGAAUGUACCCUCAGAGAAAAAUGCAUUAGCAUUUUUGCGGCAUGAACAGCAACAUCACAUGGUCACAAGCACAAUAACAACAACUAUGGGCUGUUUGGGGAUUUUCUAUUUCUGUAAAACUACACAACAGAUGAAUGGUUGAGACGCUGGCAAAGAUGCAUUAAUGCUGAUUUAAAUGAAACUGUGGCGACUUUUUUGGAUUUACUGAGCAAAAUUCCCACAGAAACAACAAAGAAAAGUUAAAAAUGCACUCAAAUUUCACCAUAAUCAGAAGGUUGUAAGCAUCUGGCGUAUUAUAUCUACCUAGAUAAACCUGCGAUCCCUCCAGAGUUGAACCCCUCAGGGAGCCAUUCAUGUGGUCGAACAGUUCCUGCACAGGAAACAGGGAGGUAAAUUGAAUCGGUAACAGGUCGGCGAAACGCUGCCAGGCGGGUUUAGUCGGAGCAUUUUCUCACCUUCAGGAUGGAGAUCUGAGAGAAGUCCUUCUCCUCGAAGUAGGCGUGCGUGAUGAGCUGCAGUUUUGCUUGAAGCAGACCAUAGAGAGGCUGCAAAGAAACCAUGCGUGAGUCAUUUACAGUGUGACCCAUUAAAACCUUGUGGGCUCAUUUCGGCACAGUAGAACAAAACACUGUAAAUUAGCAAAAACAACACAAAAUAUUCGUUUAGCUCAUGAAAUUUGAUGAAUUCAAGGAAAAAAAGUUUUAGAUUGUCGAAAAAGCUAAAAAAGACAUCCCUUCCUUCAUGUUUUGCUCUUUUUCUCUCCACUCUGUCACGUAAGGUCACAGUAAUAUUUUACGACCCAGUGAUUUGACUCUUGAUUUAAUUCUGAGCCUGAAAUCAAGGCUUAUUCUAUUAUGUUUAAGGAUAAUCCUCCGACUGACUCACCACUCGACUGAGGACGCAGACGCUCUUCUGAACCGUCUCUCUGGUGACGUCGGCCUGCCGGACCUUUAGGGCCUGAAGAGGGGUUCAGAAAAUAAAUUUAAAAAUGAAGCGCUGAGAAAACUGUUACGGCAUUUUGGAUGUUUAGAUUCAUGCAGUACAAUCAGGGAAGACUCAGAAAUUCAUUCUGCAGCUUUAGGAACAAACACAAAUAAUACAAGACACCUAAAUGUUGCUCUCUUGUGUUUGGUGCUGAGUAUUAAUCUGCAGCUUUUGGUUUCAGGUUAUCCACGAACUUGUAAAACCCGCCUGCAGGGCUAGGUUGCUACAGAUGCAGUGCAAAAAAAUCUCAAAUACAGAGUCAAAAUACUGCUGGUCAUUAAAAUUAGGCUGUUUGCCCUCAUCAUAAACAAAAAAUAUAAUCUGAACUGACCUUUGCUUCUAUUUGGCGAUAACAGGACACUCCAUAGACGCACUUCAUGUCUCCACUGAGGGGCGGCAGGUGAAAAUACACAGUGUCUGCACAAAAUAAAAAACAUCAGUGAUAUUAAUUAAUGAAAAGCAUAGUACAUGUUUAAAAAUUGAAUAUCUACAGGGAUCUGCGGUCUUUAUAAUCAAGGCAGAGGUAAACAAAUGAGAAAUUAGCAGGAUGAGAAAAUAACAUCUGUUCAGUUAAUCAGGCGUUUAGAUUAGAUAGAGCUUCUCUGGGGUUUGCGCUGCUCUCACACUGUACAAAGAGCUGCAGCGCUUUGAUCAAUACACCUGACAGUAAGGCAUGAAAAGUUCAGAGAGAGGAGGCUUAUGUAAGACUGAAGGCACAACAGAGGGAGUUAACAUCAAAGACAGAGCAACUGAAGAGAGGCUUCUGAGUCAUCAAUAGCAGGGCGUCAAACCAGCAGCAUGUUAGCGUCAAACCAUCAGCAUGUUAGCUUCUAACCAGCAGCAUGUUAGCUUCUAACUAGCAGCUUGUUAGCUUCAAACCAGCAGCACGCUAGCUUCAAAUCAGCAGCAUGUGAGCUUCAGACCAGCAGCAUGUUAGCUUCUAACUAGCAGCUUGUUAGCUUCAAACCAGCAACAUGCUAGCUUCAAACCAGCAGCAUGUGAGCUUCAAACCAGCAGCAUGUUAGCUUCUAACCAGCAGCAUGUUAGUUUCUAACUAGCAGCUUGUUAGCUUCAAACCAGCAGCAUGUUAGAUUUAAAACAUCAACAUAGUAUCUUCAAACCAGCAGCAUGAUAGCUUCAAAUCUUAGCUUGCUUUGUUUUGCUAUGUUUGUUUGUUUUGUUGCGUCUUAUUUUGUUGUUGUUUGGAAUAUUUUGAUUGGUUUUUGUGUAUUUUUUUUUCACCUACCUAAAAUAAAAAAAAAUCAUUAAACCUGCAGCAUGUUAACUUCAAUUCAGUGGCAUGUUAGCUUAGCUUCAAAAUAGUAUAAUAUAAGCCUCAAACCAGUAGCAACCUAGCAUCAAACCAGUAACAUGUUUGCUUCGAACCAGCAUCAGUUUAGCUAAAAACCAGCAGCAUGUUAGCUUCAAAGCAGCAGAGUAUUAGUCAGUUGCAAAAAUUUGAAUACAGUAUUUUUUAAAUAUCCCAAAAAAAUAAUUGCAAGAACAAAUAAGGUUUAUUAACAGUGAAAAUAACUUUAAUUUUACUUGGGACUAUGUAAUGCUGUUUUGAGUAGAAUCUUUCCUCAAAACAGUUUCAUUUGGGUGCCUUCAAAGAUGCACGUAAAAUCUGAUUUGGAUGCAAUAAAUGCCCAAAUUCAGGUUGUCCUUUUAUCCACAUCCAAGUUUGUUUAUAGUUUGUCUCAGGGGUUUAUUUCCCAAAAAUGGAGCUUGUAAAAUAACAUGUUGACAUCGAAAAAGCACUAAAACAAAAAGUUACAUGCCACUGAAUGAAUGCACAGAACAAUAGAGAACUUAAAUCUGUUGUUGUUAAAUGAAGUUGUUGUAAGUUGUUGUAACAAUGACUAAACAAUUAUACAAUCCUGAGCUGAUCAUUGAUUCUAAUCUAAGUGGAUGUAAGGUCACCAGCUGCCUUGUUAAUUUAAUGAGAGAAAGAGCAAAAGAAACAAGCAAACACUGAAUCAAAUGGCACAACUAUCAACCUCCAUCCUGUCUGAGGAUGAUGGGGAGCUUUUUAUAACGAGGUUAAGAUUUCCUUGGGACGACAGAGAACCAAAGGUCAGACUUUGGAUGUCACAGAUGUUCAGAGAGGAGGCAGCGACUGAUUACCUGGUGUUAGUCCAAAUUUUAGAAUUUCUCUUACAUUUAUCUUACAAAAAACUCACAGUUGCAGGGUUGUAAAAAGGAAAAAAAGAGACUGUCAAGGAUACUAUGAAAACACUGCAGUUAUCAAUAAAACCAGCAGCAUGUUAGCCUCAAACCAGUAGCAACCUAGCAUCAAACCACUAACAUGCUUGCUUCGAAUCAGCAUCAGUUUAGCUAAAAACCAGCAGCAUGUUUGUGUCAAACUAGCAACUUGUUAGCUUCAGACCAAGAGCAUGUUAGAUUUAAACAAGCAUCAUGUUAGCUUAGCUUCAAACUAGUAGAAUAUAAGCCUCAAACCAGCAGCAACCUAGCAUCAGAUCAGUAACAGGUUUGCUUUGAACCAGCAGCAUGAUAGCUACCAACCAGUAGCCUGUUAGCUUCAAACCAGCAGCAUGAUAGCUACAAACCAGUAGCCUGUUAGCUUCAAACCAGCAGCAUGGUAGCUACAAACUCAUAGCCUGGUAGCUUCAAACCAACAGCCUGUUAGCUUAGCUUCAAACCAGUAUAAUAUAAGCCUCAAACCAGCAGCAACCUAACAUCAAACCAGUGACAUGUUUGCUUCAGUUAUCAAUAAAACCUUCUCGCUGUGAAUAAUUCUGUUAAUCUUUAACAGUGUUCCUUUUAGUGUUAACAGCAGAAUAAGCUUCUAUAAUAUUCCUCUGUAACCCCAAUGGCUUUGUGAAGUUAUCAAUUAUGAACAAUCUUCAAAAAAAACUCUGAACAUUCCUAUCCAUUAAUGAGGUUAAGAGUAUCAGGAAGAAUGCAGUGAAGGAGGAAUGUCUGUUUUUUCUAAAGAGGUUGGAGUCCUUGAAUAGCUGUCAGUCUGUUUUAUUGUUUAUUUGUGUUUCAUGUAUCUGUUGUAAAUAAAUUUUACAUUUUGUAAGGCUGCUACCUCGGCCAGGUCUCCCUUGUAAAACAGAUUUCUAAUCUCAAUGGGACUUCUUGGUUAAAUGAAAGUAAACAAAUGAGCUGCAGAGGCCAUAAGUCUCAUCACUGUUGUCUUUAUAUCAGCUGGCAAAGGACGCUCGAAAUAAACAGGACAAGUUGAAAAAUGGACUGACAAGAGGAGCUGGACUCAGACUGAUCGAUGCAUUUGUAUACUUACAACAUGAAAACCUGCCAUUUUCACUUCUGAAAACCAAACUGAGCGACAGAAGGCCACGGAAACAGAAAUUCUCCUGUCCUGCAGCUAGAUAGGAUUGAAGCUGAAAAUCUGGAUGUGAACUUUGGCUCAGUUCCUGCUGUUUGCCUUCGCAGAGCUGCAUGAACAGCAACGGUGAACCACAGGACCGUCACAUGACAGCAGCUACACACACCGGACAAGGAGGCGAACUCGGCUCACUACCAUUUAUAACCUGAAACAGUGGCUUCGUGUGCUAAGGAUACUUUACUACAAGAAUAGAAUCUAGAAUACAACAGAAAUACUUAGAAAUUCUGCAAGCAGAAAUAGUAAAGUGACUGCCGCCACAAUAGAAAAAUAAAAAAUACAAUAGAAAUGUCAUAGAAAAUUAUACAGAUACAAAAUGCACAAAAAAAACUGAAUAAGGAAAGUCCUGUAAACAGCAGUGCAACAUGUGCAAUACUACUACUUCUAGCUUUACUACUACUUGCUUUGUGCAAACACUGCCUGCAGUUCAGUUGAAAAAUCUGAAUUUUUAUCACACAACUGCUGGUCACAGUUGAGUCACUACUGACUUCACGGUUGCACGGAGAAGCGCAAAAUUUUUUAGUUUUUUACAGAAUGUGGUUACUGCAAACAGUUCAUUUUUGGUAAAUUUUUUUGAAUGAGACACGUAGAAUAAAGUGAUUUUGAUGAAAUAUUAGGAUUUCAAGCUCAGAUUUGGUUCCAUGAUGAGUAGUCAGAAAGCUGAAAAUCCAACAUUUUUUCUGUUUUCUGAGUUUCUGACUCCGAUAAAUGGUUUCAUUUUUGCAAUUUUUGAACAGAUAACCUUCCUUUUGAACCCAGCAGUGGAUUUUGGGGUCAGAGGGUUGAACUUCUUCCACAAAGCUUCAAAUCACUUCGACUCUCUGCUAACUGCCAGGUCUGAUGUCAGAAGUGACACCUGCCGUUGCAAAAUCGAUGAACAAAACUGAAUUUAUCAUGAGCUGCCAGCCAAGGACAGACGGAGCUCCUGCUUACAUCCUACAUAAAAGAAUCAAUACCUCCCAAGUGACUUCUUCUUGCAGCCAAACUCUUUUAUUACCACACUGAAUGCAAUUUAUUAUCCAUUUCACUGCCAUAGUGAACAAACUACGAAAGAUAUCAAAUCACAUAUAGACAAAAAUCUGCUUUAUUUUCCUACAUAUUAAAUUAAUGGAGCUGCCGACCUGCAAGUUGCUCUUUACGGAAGAAAACUGCCUACAGGAGAGUAAAGAAAUAUCUCAAAUAUCUGUGAAAAUGAAAAAUUUGUUGAGGGAGUAGCAUAUUGGCUUAGCUUCAAACCAGUAGCAUUUUAGCUUUAAACCAUCAUCAGUUUAACUAAAAAACCAGCAGCAUGUUAACUUCAGUUUAGUGGCAUGUCAGCCUCAACCCAGCAGUAUAUUAACUUCAAACAAGCACCAUGUUAGCUUAGUUUCAAACUAGUAGAAUACAAGCCUCAAACCAGCAGCAUCUUAGCUUCAAACCAGCAGCAUGUUAGCUUAGCUUCAAACUAGUAGAAUAUCAGCCUCAAACCUGCAGCAACCUAGCAUCAAACCAGUAACAUCUUUGCUUCGAAUCAGCAUCAGUUUAGCUAAAAACCAGCAGCAUGUUAGUAUGUAUGGAUUCAAAAAAUUUUGCAGCUGCACCUACCCUCCUGGUAGUUAUGAGCUCCGUCAGGAAGAGCCAGGAAAGGGAGGUACUUCCACUCUUCGGGCAGCAGGUUGCUGUCAUGACCCUCAUCUGGCAUCAGCGGCGGGUAGGAAAAUUCAACCUGAGGACAAAACACAGACAGAAUAACCAUUUAUUCCAACUACACAGAUGUCAUUUCAGACUAGUUUUGAACAAUUCUGAGAAUGGUGUAGUCAUUCAGGACACAACUUGACUUUAUUUUGGAUGCAUCUGAGCGGUUUUAGACUUUUUUUUGUCAUUUUAGAUCAAUUUUGGAAAAACUUAAGUCAUUCUGGACGGAUUUCACUUAAUUUCUGACACAAUUUAGACACAUUUUAGAAAAGUUCUAGUCAUUUUGGAGUAUUUUUGGGUAAUUGUUGACAAGAUUUAUGUCACUGUAGACACAUUCUGAGUCCAGUUUUGUGUAUUUACAGUGAUGUGUGCAGCUAGAAGCACAACAGUGCACACAAAGUUACGUUAUUUUUGCACCUUUAUUCUUCUAUUUGCACGUUUUGGACUAAUUUUGGGUCAACUUUGGACAACUUUUUAAGCAUUUUGGACACAUUUUACCUAAUUUUGGACACAUUUUAGAUAAGUUUUUAUCAUUUUGGAGUAGUUUUGGUUAUUUUUUGAUAAGACUAUGAUAAUUUUGGGCAUUUUUCAGUAGUUUUGUUUACUUGGGAGAAGAACAGUGUAAGAUUUAUGUGUUUAAUUUACUGCCAUUUUCCUCCUACAAGUUAGUCGUCAUCUGCCCAGAAGGCUGAAUAUAAAUCACUGUCAGUCUCAUGUCUCGUGUUUUUGCCUCGGCGUCGCUUCGCAUCAAACAUUACUGGAGUAAAACAAACUUUGACAGAGAAACUGAGACGACAGGAUGAAAAGAGGGAACCAGAAGCUACCGCGAGCAUCAUCACCAUCCUCAUGGAACUAACACUGCUGCAGGAGCAUCGCGUGGACGAAGCGCAUGACAGAGGACGAGGCCAAAUGUGGAGAUCUGCACGGCCAGAAGCAGCGCUGGAAGCAGAGCUGCAGCCCUGUCGAGGCUGGAUGCAGAGGAUUUAUGCCGCAGAGCCUCGAGCCAACUUGGCGUCGCAAAGAGCCACUAAGAACAUCAGCGAGGCAGCAGGAAGACCCUCGAGACGACUGCACAUAUUUUUUCCAUAUAUAUUUGUAUAUUUUAAUGUUAUUUUGCUAAAGUUUACCAUGUAUCAAUGAUAAUUUGAAACAAUUUUAAGAAAUUAGGAGCUGAAUGAUUUAUUAUACUUAUCAUAAAGAGGCUACAAAUAGCAAUAACUUAUCUAAUGAAUUAAUAUUUCCGCCCGUGGAAUGUUAGUAAGCACUUUGUUAUAGUCUGACCCCCAGAAAUUAAACUUUUUUUCACGCAAAUCAAAGCAUAAAUCAGCAAAUUCUCAAAUUUUAGAACUUAAAAAUGAACCAAAUGUGGAAUUUUUUUAUUUUUACAAAAUGACUACACUAAAAGCUGAUACAAAGCUCUGUACAAGUGUAAAUGGUGUGAAUAUAAUUUGGCAACAGCUGUUUCUGUUUGUGUUUCAGUGCACUUUUAAAUAUAAUACAGUCCAAUUUACCAAAUACUAUGAAUUCUGUAAUAAACAUAAAACCUAGAAGCUUUGAACAAGUAGAAUUUAUGGCAGAGUUAUUGGAAUAUGGAAUAUAUUUCACAGGUUCACCGACUAAUGUAGCUGAUUAUUAAUGGAUAAAUAAUGAGCAAACAGUAAAAAUUGUUGUACCUUGUGUAUUAUCUAUCUGAGAAGGGAUUUUAAAAACUGCUCAUAUAUACAAAUUAACUAUAUUUUUAAAUUAUAAACUGUAAAGAAUCAUUGUCAGUAAAAGUUUUUCUGCAUUUUUGUUUAGUCACAUUAAACCCACAGCCACAGGAGCUAAAUGCUAACAUCAUGAUGACAAUGCCAAAAUGCUGGGCCUGUUAGCUGCUAGUAGUUGCUAAUUAAUAAGGAGUUGGUAAUGAAAAAGUAUUCAGUCAGAAAUCAAAAACAAAUUAAGUACAGUUACCUUUAGAGCACAUUUAAGGCAACACACAUUGACAAAAGGUGCUUUCCAAUAGAUGUACGUAAGAAAUUUACUUGGAUAAUAUUAAUAAUUAAUUACAAUAAUAAUAGUAAAAAUUUGUAUUGGGCAUAUGAAAAUGUCAAUCUGUGCUACCUGUGGAGGAAGAAGAAAAUUAACCUUUAAUAGAAAGCUGUCCAGUAGGUGUUUUGAGUUAUUUCAUGCUGGAUCAAAUGAAGAACUUCCUCAAUCAAAAUGAAGAUAAGUUAAUGAGAAAAUAUCAACAAAGGGCAGUAACUUAUGAGUAAAUAGAGAACUAGAUUUAUUUUUUUUUGUCUCCCUCUGAGGGAACAUCAGCAUUUUUGGCCUCCAGACAUAUUUAAAGUUGACAAACCGGAGUGUUUUUAUCCUCCGCCUUCCAAACCUGCAACACUCCCGUCACAAACUAAACCAUUAUGCCUGAUUUCACAGCCCACGCAGCCCUUUCCCAUCUUCCCUCUGUUUGCACCGAGCUCAAGGAAAAGCUGCCUAGGAGGAAACAUUGACAUUGUAGUUCCGCCAUAAAGCCGAGCCUCCUGCCAGACAGCUAAGAGCCUCCGACGAGAUUAACCUGAAACCUGCUGGUCCUGAACGCCUCACACGCCCAGCCACGCUGAUUCACUCUUUGAGGAUGAACUCCUGCAGAGUGCACGCCCUCAGAAGGGAUGCUCUUUGCAAAAUUGCCUCCAUUAGUGGCUUUAAUUUUACUGGAAUUUUAAUGCAGAGAAAAUGGGCCGACAACAUUGUACCGAAGAGAUUAAUGGUCUCUCAAUUACACAUAAAUCUUAGUAGAGUUUGACAAGUUAAUUUUGAAGACAGCUGCAGUCCAGUCACUCUUUGUUGGAAGGUUUAUUCCUGCAAUUCUGCCUUCGAUUGCAGGAAAAUCAUCUACGACAGUGGUCUGCAAGCUUUUUUGCACCACGGACCGGAUUCAAGCAAGACAAUUUUCUACGGGCCGGUCAUCACGCACAUAACAAACAAGAAAAGCACUCAGAGCACACAGUACUCCGCCAAGGCUGCUCAGUCUUUGUAUAAUUUCCGAUGGAUGAAAUAUUUAGGGUUAGGGGUUAAUUAAAUGCUUAAUUAAAAAGUUAAACCUUGUAACGAAUUAUUGGAUGCAUAUUUAAUGACUUUAUUAUCUAAAUGUUACACAUGACGGUGAAAUAUUGCACAUUAAACUGAGUAACUGCACCUGAAAAAUGAAAUACUGCAACACUAUGUACAAAUAUAGGAAAGUUUCAGUCAAUUACAGAGUCAAGCAGAUUUAUUCUUAAAAAUAAGGUCAUUUGAGAUGGAAUGGCUCUACUGACAAAAAACAGAAAUAAAAGAAAAUAAAUUAUUGAAUAUUUUCUUUCAGUAAGCAAAACAUUUUGCCACAAAAAUCAAGAAAAAAGAUUUCAACUCUAGGUAAAUAAAGUGUUUAAUUAAA